AGCCCUGAGGUGAAGCCCUGAGGGAUGAGGCUAAAGGAUGGGGCUGAGGGUCGGGGCUGAGGGAUAGGGUUGAAGGAUGGGGCUGAGGGUCAGCCCUGAGGGAUGGGGCUGAAGGAUGGCGCUGAGGGUCGGCCCUAAGGGAUGAGGCUGAGGGUCAGCCCUGAGAGAGAAAAGCUUUCUUUGAGCAUGAGUUCCCCGUGUGCCCGGGUGAGACGCGUGGGGCUCUUCGGGGGCACUCACGGCAAUGAAUUGUCGGGGGUGCUCCUGGUCAGGCACUGGCAGCAGGAUGGAGCUGAGAUCCAGAGGGCAGGAGUGGAGGUGAAACCAUUCCUCACCAACCCCAGAGCUGUGGAGAGGUGCACCAGGUACAUUGACUGUGAUCUCAACCGGGUCUUUGACCCCCAGAGUCUUGGCAGGCCAGUGGUGGAAGAUAUUCCAUAUGAAGUGAGGAGGGCUCAGGAAAUCAAUCAUAUAUUUGGUCCCAAAGGUAGUGAUGAUGCCUAUGACCUUAUUUUUGACCUUCACAACACCACUUCUAACAUGGGUGGUACCAUUAUUCUUGAAAACUCCAGGGAUGACUUUACAAUUCAAAUGGUUCAUUAUAUCAAGAACGCUUUGGCUCCAGAACCUUGUCCUGUUCUGCUGAUUGAACAUCCCAGCCUGAAAUAUGCAACAACUCGCUCUGUGGCAAAACACCCUGUUGGUGUCGAGGUGGGGCCCCAGCCACAAGGUGUUGCUAGAGCUGAUGUUUUGGACAAAAUGAGGAAGAUUGUCAAACAUGGCCUUGAUUUUGUGCAACUUUUUAAUGAAGGCAAGGAAUUUCCACCAUGCACAAUUGAGGUUUUUAAAAUAAUGGAGAAAGUAGAUUAUCCCAGGAAUAAGAAUGGUGAAAUUAUUGCAAUAAUUCAUCCUCAACUACAGGAUCAAGACUGGCAGCCACUGAAGAAUGGUGAUCCUCUAUUUUUGACUCUUGAUGGAGAAGUAAUUCCAUAUCAGGGGAACUGUACAGUCUAUCCAACAUUUAUUAAUGAAGCUGCAUAUUAUGAAAAGAAACAAGCUUUUGUAAAAACAGAGAAAAUCAAACUCACUGCAAAACACCUCAGGUUGCCAGUCUCAGAGCAGAGCACUUCUUAAGAGAGCUUGUUACAAAUUUUUCAUAUAAAAAGUGGGUUUGCUUGUGAAGUCCAGUGUCAUUCAGUAGUAACUUGUGGAAUAAAUACAGAACCCAAUUUUAAAUUGUAAUUUAAUUAACCUUGCUGAGCACUUUGAGAUCUAUUGUCAUAAUGCUGAUUAUGACUCUGUUUA